AGCACAUAUUAUCACUCCAUUUCACUUAGCACGUGCUGUCGUUUCGUCGAUUCGCAUUAGUUCAAUCGAUCCGUUCAAUCCGCAGAUCUUAUCCAAUUGAAGAAUUCGAUCAGUGUAUCUCGUAUUCCAGCAGAUCCAGCCAUGGAUUUCAUGAAGGUUUUUGAUCAAACUGUCCGUGAAAUCAAGAGGGAAGUGAAUCUGAAGGUGUUGAAGGUUCCAGAGAUAGAACAAAAGGUUUUGGAUGCUACAGAUGAUGAACCUUGGGGUCCUCAUGGCACAGUGUUGGCAGAAAUUGCACAAGCCACAAAGAAAUUCACUGAAUGCCAGAUGGUGAUGAAUGUCCUCUGGACAAGACUGACUGAGACUGGCAAGAACUGGCGUUUUGUCUACAAGUCAUUGACCGUUAUAGAGUAUCUGGUGGGACAUGGCUCAGAACGCGCAGUUGAUGACAUAAUAGAACAUACUUUUAAGAUAUCUUCUCUGGCAAGUUUUGAGUAUGUGGAACCAAGUGGAAAGGAUGUUGGGAUCAAUGUGAGAAAAAAAGCAGAAACUAUAGUGGCUCUUCUGAAUAAUAAAGAAAAAAUGCAGGAAGUCAGGAAUAAAGCUGCUGCAAAUCGUGAUAAGUAUGUUGGACUUUCUUCAUCUGGAAUAACGUUCAAAUCUGGUACCGCAUCGUUCAGCUCUAGCUCUGCUAAUAGUGGGAGAUAUGGAGGUUUCAGUAGCACAAACGACAAAGAAUCAUUUAAUGUUGGUUAUAAGGAGGAUGAAUUUGGUGAAGAUAAAUAUGGAACGAUCACUAAUUCGAAAAAAAAGUCAUCUCUUAAUGGUAGCAGCACAGCUGAAGACUCUCGGGCCUCUGGUGCAUCAAAAACCAGCAAGCCAGAUGAAUAUGUUUCAGUUUCUUCACAAAAUACAUCUUCAAAUACAUAUGAUGAAGAUUUUGAUGAUUUUGAUCCUCGAGGGACGUCAGGUGCCAAACAGUCUUCGGGAAGCCAACAAGUCGAUCUUUUUGGACAAGAUCUUUUGGGUGACUUCUUGGAUGUCCCUGUAUCUGUUCCAACAGAUAAGUCUACUUCCUUGGACAAUGAUCCAUCGGAGGUUGAUUUAUUUGCUGAUGCUGCUUUUGUAUCAGCCACUCCUCAACCAGCUGCAGAGAAAAAUCCCGAGCCACAGUUUGAUGUCGACCUAUUUGCCUCUCAGCCAGCCCCUACUCCUGCUGUUUCUGCACCGAUGAAUUUUUUUGCUGCUCCUAAUCCAGUUGGCAGCAGAGCUUCAAAAUCUGAUGGAACAAGCAGCAUUUCCGAUCCAUUCGCUAAUGUUCCAAUGAACAAUUUUGAUGGCUCUGACCCAUUCGGCGUCUUCACUUCUCAUACAGAUCCUUCGUCAGUGGUAUCCAACCAGAGUUCUUCUAACCAAGGAAGCAACGGAAACAUGAUGGGAUCUUCUCCUGAAACCUUUGCUCCCCCACCCAAGAAAGAAUUUCAAGUCAAAUCCGGAAUAUGGUCUGAUUCUCUUAGCCGUGGAUUAAUUGACCUAAAUAUAACUGCACCUAAAAAGGUUAACCUAGCAGGUGUGGGCAUCGUUGGUGGGUUGAGUGAUCCAUCGGAAGACAAGGGAGCCUUGCCUCCGUUUUACAUGGGAGGGCCUAUGGGCAGUGGGCCUAUGCUCGGUAAAUCUGGGGUCACAUUGGCAUCGACAAAUGACAACUUCUUCUCAAGCCUAAGCAGCAGCCAACACAACCAAUUUGGAAGUUUCCAGAAAUGAGUUAUUUUUCCUCAAAACUGCCUAAUACUUGUUUGCUACAUUUUUCGCUGCCGAGGAACUUGAUCAACAAUAGGGCUUUUGGCACACGUGAAGCUUCAUGGAUGCAAUGGUGUGAUAAUGCACUAUUUAUUGCACUGAUUGCCCAUAUUGUUAUUGUGUGUUUCUGUUUGUUCUAUUACAGAAAUUUGAAAAAUAUACAUGUUAUAAUAUUUAGCAGAUAUUUCUACUGCGAAGUACUAUAUACCAUUUAAUUGGAGAUUGCUUGUUAUACAAAUCAGUGAUAUUUUCGUUG